AUGGCGGACAGCAGCGGCUAUAUCUUCACUGUCUCAGCGCAACAGGGCAGCAAAUCUCGGUGGUUCACCUCUCGGUUCUUGUUCCCGGCAAUGGUGGCGGUUGGAGGCAACGAAUCGGCGACACCCACGACGCAAACUCCUUCUCCAGUCUUUGACGGAUGCAGCGCCCGAUCCCGGUUUCCAUCGGUGUCCGUUAUUGCCAGCGACAGGAGCUGUUUGACGGUGCUGGGUGGUCAGAGGUGGCAGCGGCGUCGGGAGAUGGGUGAGCUUCAACAAAUUCAAGGUCUCGUUUUAUCACAUGGGUUCUUUGUAAAUAACAUUCCCAGAUCGAAGAUGUUAAUGCCAUCGAUUUACUUCUUUCAAGAAGUUGCUGAUUGGUCUUCGAUGGGGAAUAAGCUUGUUAGAAAGAGGCAUCAAGUGGACGAGAAGUACACAAGGCCUCAAGGGUUGUAUCAACACAAGGAUGUAGAUCACAAAAAGCUUCGUAAACUCAUACUUGAUUCUAAACUUGCUCCUUGUUAUCCUGGUGACGAUGACUGUAACUGCGAUCUUGAAGAAUGCCCAAUUUGCUUCUUGUAUUAUCCAAGUCUAAAUCGUUCAAGAUGUUGCAUGAAAGGCAUUUGUACAGAGUGUUUUCUACAGAUGAAGAUGCCCAAUUCAACACGUCCCACACAGUGUCCCUUUUGUAAAACGUUUAACUAUGCAGUGGAGUAUAGAGGGGUAAAGACUAAAGAAGAAAAGGGGUUGGAGCAAAUUGAAGAGCAACGGGUGAUAGAUGCACAAAUAAGAAUGAGAAGACGAGAAAUUCAAGAUGAAGAAGAAAGGAUGCAUAGAAGGCAAGAUAUGAGCUCUUCAAGCAGAAUAAUUGAAGGUGAUGAUGAUGAAAUUGUUUCUAUUGGUGAUUCUGGAAUUACAAAUCCUUCAGGAUCUAUGCAUAACAGAAAUGAUGAAUUCGAUCUUGACAAUAUAAUGCUUAUGGAAGCCAUAUGGCUCUCAUUUCAGGAGGACGGAAGGCGGCAACGUAAUUACGGUGAUGCUGCUCAGUUAGCAAGAUAUGCGGCGGAGCUUCGUGUUUCUGCCGCCGUGGCCCCACCAGUGGCAACAACCGCAUCCGCAUCACCUUAUGGUGGUCUAGCAUGUACAGUAGCAAGGGAAGAAGGAUCGGAGAUUGGUGCAUAUGGCUUACAAGAUGAGAGUUUUGAAGAACAAAUGAUGUUAGCUAUGGCUGUUUCAUUGUCUGAAGCUCGUGGGAGAUGAUUUCAGUGAAUGUAAAGCGGUUGUUUGUUAUUGAUAUUAAAAGGGUAGAAUGACGAUAUUGCCCUUGUUGGGUUGAUCAAUUUUGUUGUGUAUAUAAACCAUUUUAACAGCAGUUAUUUAUUUUGUGUUUUAUAAUAUGUACUUUAUAUAGUGGAAAAGAGUUGAUUGUUAAGUGAAAAUGAAUGAUGAGG